AGGACUAGCUGCCAGAGUUACCGGACAGGCUUCUCGACAUGUUGACAUUUGUACCUGUACGGGUUGAGCAAUUGAAAUAAGACCAUCCAACAGACAUAUUUUACAGAACUACUACGAUUAUGGAUGCACACAUUUCUUCAAACCAGCUGAUAUCAGGAUGUUAAUUCUUGCAGCGUCUCUGCGAACUGCUGAAGUUAGCAUUAGAGCUAAUGUCAACACAGAUUAGGACGUUCAAUCACAUUUAAUAAUUACAGUCACCGUCAGCCAGCAGAGGAGGACCUGCCACAAUGAGGAUUUUAAGGUUACUGAGGAGCAGCGUGUCCAUAGGAAAGGACAUAGACUAUUACUCUAAAUUCUCACCCUCCCCUCUUUCAAUGAAGCAAUUUCUGGAUUUUGGUUCAGAAAAUGCAUGCGAGAAAACGUCAUUCGCCUUCCUCAGACAGGAGUUACCUGUGCGGUUGGCAAACAUCAUGAAAGAGAUCAAUUUGUUGCCGGACAACCUUCUCAGGACUCCAUCAGUCCGUCUGGUCCAGAGCUGGUAUAUGCAAAGUCUUGAGGAGAUUCUUGAGUUCAGGGACAGAAAUGCAAAUGAUGAGAAAGUCACAUAUGACUUCACAGACGCAGUGAUUAAAAUCAGAAAUCGGCACAAUGAUGUCAUUCCAACUAUGGCUCAGGGAGUUGUGGAGUACAAAGAGGCUUAUGGCACAGACCCGGUCGUCAGCCAAAACCUUCAGUAUUUUUUGGAUCGUUUCUACAUGAGCAGGAUAUCUAUCAGGAUGUUGCUCAACCAGCACACUCUCCUCUUUGGUGGGAAGGUAAAGGUGAAUCCGGCACAUCCCAAACAGAUUGGCAGUAUUGAUCCAAACUGUCGUGUCAGUGACGUGAUCAGAGAUGCCUACGAAAAUGCAAGAAACCUUUGUGACAGGUAUUACAUGAACUCCCCUGAGCUGAUACUGGAUGAAUUCAACGUUAAAGAGGCAGAAAAGCACAUCUCGAUGGUCUACGUCCCCUCUCAUUUGUAUCAUAUGGUGUUUGAACUUUUUAAGAAUGCCAUGCGAGCCACCAUGGAGUUGUAUGGCGACUCCAUGGAGUAUCCUGCCAUCCAUGCACAGGUCGCUCUGGGAACUGAAGAUAUGACCGUCAAGGUGAGCGAUCGUGGAGGAGGCGUGCCGCUGCGUAAGAUUGACAGGCUGUUCACCUACACCUACUCCACCGCUCCUCGACCGAGCAUCGACGGGUCACGUGCUGCUCCUCUGGCUGGUUACGGGUACGGCUUACCUAUCUCACGACUUUAUGCCCGCUACUUCCAAGGAGACCUGAAGCUGUACUCUCUGGAGGGUUACGGAACCGAUGCCAUCAUCUACAUUCGGGCACUUUCCACAGAGUCCAUCGAGAGGCUGCCGGUGUACAACAAGUCAGUCUGGAAACACUACAAGACGAUCCACGAGGCCGAUGACUGGUGUGUCCCCAGCAAAGAGCCGAAGGAUAUGACGACAUUUCGUAGUUUCUAGAGUCAAAUGGCUGCGAUCCUGUAGCAAAAUGAGCAGGGGUGUUUUCACAGCAUGGUCGGUGGGCUGGUGUAAAUGAGCGGUGUCUGCGCAUAAUGUUUAUUGAUCAGUUCAGAUUUGUUUGUAUAAAAGGUCGAAAAAAGAAUAAUAGAACAAAGUUUUAGUGCCAUAUAUUUAAUCUAGAACAAUAAUUUGUUACCAUCAACACUUUAGAGUGCAGCUGCCACCCCUGAUGGUACUUACAAACACGAUAAUGAGAUUUCCCAACCAGUGCUGGAUUUUUUAGACUAAUACAGGUAUUGAUUGAGUUUAAAAUAAUCCUGAUAUUAAUAAAUUGAGCAGUAAUUGUUCAGGUUAUCUUGAGAAGUCUUAAAAAAAAGUCAUAAAAGCUGUCAGAAGGUAUUAAAAACUCUUUGAGUUUCAUUUACAAAGUUCUUGAAUAUUUUAUUUUUAUAUAUUUUAGUUUGACUGUUGUGAGAGCGGAUAGUGCUGCAGGAAGUUUUAUCUUUUCUUUUGUUGUGGAGUUUCAGUCGUCAUCACCGGAGCAAACACUGUCACUACACUGCUCACUACAGUAGGAAGUUCAUCAACUCAACUUUAGCAAAAACUUCGAAAUUAGUAAUUGAAUAAUCAAUCCAACAAUUUUCUCUUUUUUGGGCCCAGGUCACAUUAAUUGAUCAACUAUAUUGUAUUGGCAAGAAGUGCAGACAAAUGUGACAUUCAUGAAUAAUUGGUAAAUGGCAAAAUGGACUGCAUUUAUAUAGCUCCUUUGUAGUCUUCCAACCACUUAAAGCGCUUUACAUUACAAGCCAACAUUCACCCAUUCACAAACACACACGCACAUUCAUACUCUGAUGGCAGAGGUGCGAGGUGCCAACCUGCUCAUCAGGAAAACUCACUGAUGUCACAACCUUCAGGAGCAUUUCAGUAUCUUUCCCAUGACAUUUCAACAAGCCUACUGGAGGAGCCAAGGGUUGAACCACCAGUCUUCUAAUUAGUGAACGAUCCGCUUCACCUCCUGAGCCACAGCUGCUCCUAAUUUUAGGCCUAAUUGUCCAGACUGGUUUUCCAGUCUGGACUGUUACCAGUAUGAUCAUGAAACAGGUUGAAAUUGCAUUCUGUGUGGUUUUAAAAAAGGCCUUUAAAAUUUUAUUUGACAAACACUCCAGAAACCCAGUUUUUUUUAAUAUAUAAAAAUCACAAAACCAUCAAGGAUUUUUCUUGAAUAAGAUGUAUGGAGUGCUCUCUGUGAUGGCAACUCUUUUUCUUUAAAAAAAAAAAAUUACCUCAGACAUCUCUGGCAUUUCUGAAACUCUAGAUUUCUUGUUAUUUAUUGGCUAACAUAUAAAAGAAUAGAUCAAUGCUAAGCUAACAUGCUGACAGGUAAAACGUUUUGUUUUUUAAGCUUUGAGCGCCACAGGCAGAUUUCUCCUUUACGGUCCCUUGUGUUGAGGUGGCGGCAGAAGUUUUAACAGAGAUCUCAAAACGUUUCACAGUCAAAUUGGAACUAUCUGCAUGGUGUUACAGUAGAGGUCCUUUAGGUCAUUUCAUCCUAUAAGCUAUAAACUGGUGUGUAUAGUGCUCUCCUGCUUUUGGUUGAUUAUUUAGCUGCUUAUAUUUUGAUGAUGAAAGCAAAACUAUCACCGUUAUAGUUUGUGUGUAGUUCAGCUCUGUCCAUCCCCUUGACUCUGUGUGAUGUUUGAUACUCUGAGACACAUGUUAGUUCAAUUAGAUACUGCUUGUUUUUGGUCAUUUAUGUUUACCUGCUUUCAUAAAGGGCAUUGCUUUUUAAGUUGGAUGGCAGAUACAAGCAACAUGAUAAAAAAAAAGUUAUCUGUAAAGGUAAAGUUUGCACCUUUUACAGUGAUAUGAAGACGCUGCAGUCUUGAAACAUGUUUUCUCAUUAGCACUGUGUCACCUAAAAGAGUAUAAUACAGAAUCCGGGUUACUUUCAUAUUAGGGCUUAUGUUAAAUAGGCUAUGAUUCAUAUUUUUCAUGUUAAAACUAUAAUAAUAGUUUCAGAACAUGGAGGUAUUAUACUCAGUUAAAAAUGACUAUUUGAAGCAGACCUAUUCUUUUUUUGUCACAAAGAUGAAAUAAAGAUGAUCAAAGUCAAC